AUGUCUCCAGGAAAAGUCUCCACACUCGACUUCGAGAAGUUCUACAACAUUGUAGACGGCAAGCAGCGUGGCUCUGACAAGAUCCACCGUGGAAUCAACCCUGCUACCGGCCAGGAGCUUUGGGACGUCCCAAUCGCUAGUGAGCAAGACUUGAACGACGCUGUUGCAGCUGCAAAGAAGGCCUUCCCAGCAUGGAGAGACACCCCCAUUGAGAAGCGUAAGGAGCUCCUCGGAAAGGUCGCCGAGAGCUUCCAGGCCCACCACGAUGAGUUCGUCUCUCUGCUCUGCAAGGAGUCCGGCAAGCCCAGGAAGUUUGCUGCCAUGCGAGGCCACCACCUCACCCUCGAUGUUCCCUCUGAGAAGAUUGAGGACGACGAGAAGACUCUCUACACUGAGUACUCCCCACUCGGUGUUUGCGGAGCCAUCUGCCCAUGGAACUUCCCCCUUAUCCUCAGCUGCGGAAAGGUCGCGCCCGCCCUCAUGACCGGUAACACUAUGAUCGUCAAGCCCUCGCCGUUUACACCAUACACCUUCCUCAAGUUCUGCGAGCUUGCACAGGAGAUCCUCCCCCCUGGUGUCCUCCAGACCGUUGGCGGCAACAAUGAGCUCGGCGCAUCCAUGUGCGCACACCCAGAUAUCGCAAAGAUUUCUUUUACUGGUAGCAUUGCCACAGGAAAGAAGGUCAUGGAGACGUCCGCCAAGACCCUUAAGCGUGUCACGCUCGAGCUCGGUGGCAACGACGCUUCAAUCAUCCUCCCAGACGUCGACAUCAAGAAGGUUGCCCCCGAAGUUGUUAUGGGAGCUUUCCAGAACAGUGGACAAGUUUGUGUUGCAACUAAGCGCAUUUACAUCCAUGAGUCCAUCUACAAGGAGUUCUUGGAGGAGAUGGUUCGGUUCACGAAGGAAUCGGUUAAGACGGGCAACCCAGAUGACGGUGACAACCUUUUGGGACCUGUGCAGAACCAGAUGCAAUACGAGCGUGUAAAGGGCUUCUUCGCCGACAGCAAGGCCAAGGGUUACAAGUUUGCCGCUGGCGAGCCGGACGUUGGCGCAUCGAAGGGAUACUUUAUUACCCCCACCAUCAUCGACAACCCGCCCAACGACUCCCGCAUCAUCCAAGAAGAGCCGUUCGGCCCUAUUGUUCCCACCCAGCCGUGGUCUGACCUCGAGGAGGUCAUCGCCCGCGCCAACGACACCAACACCGGUCUUGGUGCGUGCGUGUGGGGCAAGGACGUCGAGAAGGCAUCCAAGAUCGCGCGACGACUUGAAGCCGGAUCCGUCUUUGUCAACUCAUUUGAGAAGCCAACUCCCCAGGCCAUCUUUGGUGGACACAAGGAGUCUGGUAUCGGUGGUGAGUGGGGCAGGACCGGCCUGCUGGCUUACUGCAACCCUCACGUCAUUCACGUCUACAAGUCUUAAGGAUUUGAGAAGUGUUUUGAUGGGAUAUAGGAUUAUUGUAUGUUAGGCAAUGAAUAUGUUAAA